AUGCUUCUGGGGCUGGUGGUACUCAUUGAGGAAGACGUAACCCCGGAAAUCGAGGCAAACACUCUUCCCUAUAAUGAGAUUAUUGCGAUAUAUCAUGGCUAUCGGAUGGCCACUAUCAAUUUUCCUGGUCAACGACUGAAAAACGAAAUCCCUAUACUUGAUGUCUUUUGCAGAGCCUUUUUGUUCAUUCUUUCUUACAAGAUACCCAGUGUUGACAAUCCUAGAGACAGACUGAGCUCCGUGAUUAUGGACAAGAACACCACAGAAGCAAGAUCCGGUCGACUUCGAAUCCCUAAGGACACCAAAGCCGUUCCGCGGGAUGAUCCUAACCUCGAGCUGCUCGACGGUGAACUCUCUGACACUGAUCCUCGCAAUAUGAGUCCACGGCGGGAUGACACCUCUACCGAACGGGUUUCUGAGGAAGCAAAGCAGACACUACAAGCCGAAAAAACCAAAAUCAGUCGUACGCUUUCCGAUUUGGACAUAACGUUGACUGAUGCUUUCGAAGAUUUGGAGAAUCUGGAGAAACGAACCGGAAAUAUCAACCAGAAACUCAAACAAAUGAUUGAGCAGUCAGAGAAGUCAGAGAAGUGA